AUCAGAAGGACAACGUGGUGCAUCCAGAUCGAAAUUAGACCGUCUUUCAAUAAAUACUGAUGUUCCAAGUGAUCUAGAUCUACAAGAAACAGAGCAAUUAUGGACUAUUGCUAAUACUAAUCAGCUUACUGAUUUGAUGUCGGAUGCAUUAUGCCCUAAUUGUUUUCAGUCAAGUUUGACUAUUAGAGUUAUAAAAGAUGAAAACAUGGGGUUCGCAUCAAAGUUGAAGUUAUGUUGUAGAUCUAGUAGUUGUGGAUAUACUAAAUCAAAGUUUUCAUCUCCAAGAAUACAAAAAAGUAACUGUUCAAAUGUUGCAUUUGAAAUAAACACCAAGAUGGUUUUAUACAGCCAUGAGAUAGGAAAGGGUUUCACUUCGCUGCAGACAUUUAGCAUCGUCCUAGGAAUUUCUGGAAUCAGCCAGAGAGCCUUUAAAGACCAUGAUAAUAAAAUCACAGACUGUGAAGUGGAAUCUGGGGAAGACAUGCUCUACCGCACAGCCAACGCCAUACGUCAAGCUUAUGCAGAGACGGAUGAUGACAUUAGGGAAGCCAUUGAACGAGGAGAAAACCCUUUGAUUGACAUUUCAGUCAGUUAUGAUGGGACCUGGCAAAAGCGAGGCUUUACAUCGCUUUAUGGUGUAGGUGUCUGCAUCGAUUUACUAACAGGUCUUGUUGUCGACUUCGAUAUUAGAUCUAAGUACUGCCAUGCAUGCCACAUACAGAAAGCUGAGAGCAUGAACGCAACUGACCUCGCAGUUUGGAAAGAACAGCAUGAUUGCUGUACUAAUCACCACAAAUCCAGCAAGUCUAUGGAACAGGACAGUGCUGUAAUUCUGUGGAAUCGUUCUGUGGCAAAAUAUAAUUUUAGAUAUGUGGAGAUGCUGAGUGAUGGAGAUUCUUCUGCUUUUAAAGCUGUGCUUGAGUCUAAGCCAUAUGCUGAUAAAGCUGUUACUAAACUUGACUGUAUCAAUCAUGCCCAUAAACGUAUGGGGACAGCGCUUCGAAAACUUGCCAAAGAAAGCCAUCUUGGUGGCAGAGGAGUUGGCAGGUUAACAGAAAAAAAAUGUGACAGUUUGCAAAAUUUUUAUCGUGGUGCUAUAAUAGACAAUAUUCCAGAUGUGUCCAAAAUGAGGAAUGCUGUUUGGGCAGGAUUAUACCACUCCAUGUCUACAGAUACUGAACACCAUCAUCGACAAUGUCCAUUAGGAGAAAAUAGUUGGUGCUGGUACCAACAAGCGAUUUCGUUGGGACAAGACCCUGACAGCCACUCUAAUCAUAAGGCAUCAACAUUUUUGUCUCUAGAGGUGGCUCACAAGCUAAUUCCAAUUUAUCGAAGAAUGUCAGAUGAGUCCUUGCUUCAACGAAUGGCUCAUGGUGGUACUCAAAACAACAACGAAAGCCUUAAUGCUAUGAUUUGGACGAGAUGUCCUAAAACAAGUUUCAUGGGACUUGGCAGAGUGAAAGGCAGUGUUGCUAGAGCUGUGUCAAUAUUUAAUGCUGGCGCCAAUGAAUUAAUUAACGUGAUGAAUAAGAUGCAUAUUGAUGUUUCUUAUGUAGCAUUAAAUAAUUUAAAAAAGGUCAAUGAUAAAAGAAUUAUUCAGUCUGACACUACUAGCCAAGAGGAUUAUAGAAAAAGAAGAAAGACUGUUUCUUUAACACGGUUUGAAAAAGUCAGAGAGGAAUUGGCCAAAGAUGGGAAUGUAUAUGGUGCUGGUGCUCAUUAGCAAUACUACUGUCAAUAUUUUUUUGUAUUAUAUAAUUUUUUUUGUUUUUAUUCAUUAUUGUUAGAGCAUAUUGACAGUUUAGUUGCUGUUUUAAUUAUUUGAAACAAAAAUGUAAUAACUAAUUUGUAGCAAAAUUUAAACAACACCAUCUGAUUAUGUUUAUGUAAAUAAUAUAGAUCAACAAACUUUUUCAAAUAUAUUAUGAUACCUUAAUUCAAGAGAAAAUGUUAGCAAGUUUUAUCUAAACUGACAAUUAUAUAUAUGCUAUCUAAAGAACUCCCUAGAUGAAUAGUAGAGAUAUAACAGAACUACUGAACAGUUAUCAUGAGUUUCAGAUUUUGAGUUAGCGCUUUUUUCUUAUUUGACAUUGUUAUAUAUAUGACAUUUUUUCAUUUUAAUCUUCUGUGAACUUCAAGCAAGCUCUUUUCUUUAGUAUUUAAUAUUUAUUGUUGCAAAUUGUUUGGGUUUUUAGAUUGCACACCGGUACAUCCUACAUUCUUAUCAAGUUUUUUUUUCUUUAUGGUUGCUAAAUGUUAUACCCGGUAUAUAAUAUAUUAUUUUAUAAUGUAAUCUGGAUGGAAUAUACUAAAUAGCUAUUUUUAAAAGCUGCUAUACUAAAGUGUAAAUAACAUAUAUUUGCUAUUCAGUGAUUUUCUGAAUAAAUUUUUGUAAUUGAAUUUUUUUUCUUUCUUUUUUUUGUAUUUUUGUAUAUAUCUCUAUCUGCCAAACGCUAAGGCUCUGAAACUACUUUUGGAACUUAUUUGAUAUUUGGCAUAAUUAUUCUGUACAUAUAUAUCUACAUAUGCAUGCAAAAACUUUUUGAUAUUUGCGUAAGUUGGAUUUUUGUUUGAAAUACUACUCUGUAAUACAAUUGCGUACAAUUUACGUUUUAUUUUCCCAAUUAGUUGCUAUACUUAUAUGAAAUUUAGAAUAUGCUCUUUACUAAAUAUAGCUAUUUUUAUUAUGUUUUCAGAUACUUAUUAUACUAACCUAUAAAUUACAUGCAUGUUAUCUAGUAUUUUCCUGACAAAAUUUUUGUAAUUGAAAUUUUUUUUUUUUUUUUUCAUUUUCUUCUUUUUUUGUUUUUGUAUUAUACCUCUAUCUGCCAAACGCUAAGGCUCUGAAACUACUUGAGCUACAUACUUCAUAUUUGGCAUACUUUUUCUGUACAUAGAUAUCUACAAACGCAUGCAAAAACUUUUUGAUAUCUCAAUAAGUAGAUUUUUUGUUUGAAAUAUUACUCUGUAAUACAAUUGUGUACAAUUUGCGUUUUAUUUUACCAAUUGGUUGCUAUAUUUAUAUGAAAUUUAGAAUAUGCCCUUUACUAAAUAUUGAUAUUUUUUAAAUGUUUUCAGAUAGUUAUUAUACCAACCUAUAAAUUACAUACCUGUUAUCUGGUAUUUUCCUGACAAAAUUUUUGUAAUUGAAAUUUUAUUUUGUUUUUUUGCAUUUUCUCCUUUUUUGUUUUUGUAUUAUAUCUCUAUCUGCCAAACGCUAAGGCUCUGAAACUACUUGAGCUACAUACUUCAUACUUGGCAUACUUAUUCUGUACAUAGAUAUCUACAAACGCAUGCAGAAACUUUUUGAUAUUUGAAGUAGUUUUUUUGUUUUAGCGUUUCAAAGUUUAGAAUUAUGAAAUAUUUAUGUAUUUUUCAUGGUUGCAACACUAAAAAAAUCAUUAAAAAAAGACAAUAAAAGAUAACAAUAUUUCC